CUCCCGUCUCCCUACUAUAUAUAACUCCAUCCGGGUUCUUCGAGAUGCUGUUUGGCGACUCGUCGCCAUUCCCGGAGCAGCUCGGCCUCGGCCCAGAGGCGAGUGUCGGUCGCUGUGUCGGAGACACCUGUCCCCGACACCAAGACAGCCAGCCCUCUCCCUUGCCCCGCGGCGGGAGAGCGUGUCCGGCCGGCCGGCGGGGCUUGCGCACCCUCCCUCGCUUCCCCUUCCCCCGCAGCCUCCGCCCCGCCAGGCCCGGCCCGGACUCCCGAGCUCCGGCCUCCUCCUCCUUCUCAGUCACCGCCGCCGCCGGGCUCGACAGCCCCGCCUGCCGCUUCUCCUCCCAGUUUGAGAAGCCAAGGAAGGAAACAAGGAAAAAUGUCGCCAUGAAGGCCGAGAACCGCUGCCGCCGCCGACCCCCGCAGGCCCCGAACGCCAUGAGCCUGGGUCCCCGCCGCGCCCGCUCCGCUCCGACCGCCGUCGCCGCUGAGGCCCCCGUUGAUGCCGCAGAGCUCCCCCAGCGCCGCCGCCACCGCCUCCGAAAUGGACAAGAACAGCGGCUCCAGCAGCUCCUCCGCCUCUUCGGGCAGCAGCAAAGGGCAACAGCCGCCCCGCUCCGCCUCGGCGGGCCCCGCCGGCGAGUCUAAACCCAAGAGCGAUGGAAAGAACUCAAGUGGAUCCAAGCGUUAUAAUCGCAAACGUGAACCUUCCUACCCCAAAAAUGAAAGUUUUAGCAACCAGUCCCGUCGCUCCAAUUCACAGAAAAGCAAAACUUUUAAUAAGAUGCCUCCUCAAAGGGGCGGCGGCAGCAGCAAACUCUUUAGCUCUUCUUUUAAUGGUGGAAGACGAGAUGAGGUAGCAGAGGCUCAACGGGCAGAGUUUAGCCCUGCCCAGUUCUCUGGUCCUAAGAAGAUCAACCUGAACCACUUGUUGAAUUUCACUUUUGAACCCCGUGGCCAUGCAGGUCACUUUGAAGGCAGUGGACAUGGCAGCUGGGGAAAAAGGAACAAGUGGGGACAUAAACCUUUUAACAAGGAACUUUUUUUACAGGCCAACUGCCAGUUUGUGGUGUCUGAAGAACAAGACUACACAGCUCAUUUUGCUGAUCCUGAUACUUUAGUCAACUGGGACUUUGUGGAACAAGUGCGCAUUUGUAGCCAUGAAGUGCCCUCUUGCCCAAUAUGCCUCUAUCCACCUACUGCAGCCAAGAUAACCCGUUGUGGACACAUCUUCUGCUGGGCCUGCAUCCUGCACUAUCUUUCACUAAGUGAGAAAACCUGGAGUAAAUGUCCCAUCUGUUAUAGUUCUGUGCAUAAGAAGGAUCUCAAGAGUGUUGUUGCCACAGAGUCACGUCAGUAUGUUGUUGGCGAUACCAUUACAAUGCAGUUGAUGAAGAGGGAAAAAGGGGUGUUGGUGGCCUUGCCCAAAUCCAAAUGGAUGAACGUAGACCAUCCCAUUCGUCUAGGAGAUGAACAGCACAGCCAGUACUCCAAGUUGCUGCUGGCCUCCAAGGAGCAGGUGUUGCAGCGGGUAGUUCUGGAAGAGAAAGUAGCACUAGAACAGCAGCUGGCAGAGGAGAAGCACACUCCUGAGUCCUGCUUUAUUGAGGCAGCUAUCCAGGAGCUCAAGACUCGGGAGGAGGCUCUAUCAGGAUUGGCUGAAAGCAGAGGGGAGGUCACUGGUGUCAUGGCUGCUCUGGGACAACUGGUGCUGAUGGCUCCCUUGGCGAAGGAGUCUGUCUUUCAACCCAGGAAGGGUGUGCUAGACUAUCUGUCUGCAUUUGAUGAAGAAACCACGGAAGUUUGUUCUCUGGACUCUCCUCGUCCUCUUGCUCUCCCUCUGGUAGAGGAAGAGGAAGCAGUGUCUGAACCAGAGCCUGAGGGGUUGUCAGAGGCCUGUGAUUACUCGGAGUUAGCAGAUGACAAUCUUGGGGAAGGGACCAUUUGUGUUGAGUCCAGCCAGCAGGAACCAGUCAUCAAUCCAGGCUUCACAGACCUGAGCAGUUCUCCUUGUUACUACUUCUAUCAAGCGGAGGACGGGCAGCACAUGUUCCUGCACCCUGUGAAUGUGCGCUGCCUCGUGCGGGAGUAUGGCAGCCUGGAGCGGAGCCCUGAGAAGAUCUCAGCGACUGUGGUGGAGAUUGCUGGGUACUCCAUGUCUGAGGAUGUUCGACAGCGUCACAGAUAUCUCUCUCACUUGCCACUCACCUGUGAGUUCAGCAUCUGUGAACUGGCUCUGCAGCCUCCUCUUGUCUCUAAGGAAACCCUAGAGAUAUUCUCAGAUGACAUUGAGAAGAGGAAGCGUCAGCGCCAGAAGAAGGCUCGGGAGGAACGCCGUCGAGAGCGCAGGAUAGAGAUGGAGGAGAACAAGAAACAGGGCAAAUAUCCGGAAGUCCACAUUCCCCUGGAGAAUCUACAGCAGUUUCCUGCCUUCAAUUCCUAUACCUGCUCCUCUGAUUCUGCUUUGGGUCCCACCAGCACCGAGGGCCAUGGAGCCCUCUCUCUCUCUCCUCUUAGCAGAAGUCCAGGUUCCCAUGCAGACUUUCUGCUGACCCCUCUGUCACCCACUGCCGGUCAGGGCAGUCCCUCAUUCUGCGUUGGGAGUCUGGAAGAAGACUCUCCCUUCCCUUCCUUUGCCCAGAUGCUGAGGGUUGGAAAAGCAAAAGCAGAUGUGUGGCCCAAAACUGCUCCAAAAAAAGAUGAGAACAGCUUAGUUCCUCCUGCCCCUGUGGACAGCGAUGGGGAGAGUGAUAACUCAGACCGUGUUCCUGUGCCCAGUUUCCAAAAUUCCUUCAGCCAAGCAAUUGAAGCAGCCUUCAUGAAACUGGACACACCAGCUACUUCAGAUCCCCUCUCUGAAGACAAAGGAGGAAAGAAAAGAAAAAAACAGAAACAGAAGCUCCUGUUCAGCACUUCAGUCGUCUACACCAAGUGACAGUACUGGCCCAGGCUACCUUCUCCAUCUGGUUUUCUUUUUUCUGUGCUUUUGUUUGGCUGCUGUAAUUUUUAAGUAUUUGAGUUUGAACAGAUUAGCACUGGGGGGGAGGGGGUUUCCACAACGUGAGGGGGAACCAAGAAAAUUUUAAAUACAGUGUAUUUUCCAGCUUCCCGUCUUUACACCAAAAUAAAGUAUUGACACUCACAAGAGAUCUCUUCCUGCCAAGGUUUUUAGUUUGUUGCCAGGUUAGUCUUUUUGACUCACAUCUAAUUAAUUUUUCUUAACCCAAAAUAAGUUUUGAGUCCUUUUGUCAUCCUUGGAAUAGCCCAAACCAGAAUGGUACAGCACUGCUCUGCUGUAGUAUCAUGUGUCAGGGCUUCAUGGUUUUAGCACACCUGUCAGUUUGUCUUUUAAAAAUAGUUGAAUCUUUCCUACCUGUUCAGCCAGUUCUCCUUGUUACAGAAACAGAGGGAUGGGAAUAAAAUGGAUUUAGGACACCCAGUUUGAAUUGCAGUUCAUUUUUCUUGACAUCUGGCCAGGCUGGGUUGCCAGCCUGAUGGGGUAGGUUCUUCUUGGCACUAAUAUGUGUGAGGGAGGGUUUUGCCUCUUGAACAUGGCUGCUUGAUAAGGAAAGCUGUUAACUGUCAUGAAGGAAGCCCUGGGACUUGCCACUCCUCCAAUCAAGCUUGUUUUUUUUGUGACAGUGACCCAAGUUGUAGGAACAGGAGUCUGACACACCUGGAAGAGAGCAGGACAGUUUGAAAGCAGUAGGGUUGUCCGCUGUCUGCCUCCCUCUUACCUAGAGCAGUUUUCUUAUGUUUUGGUUUGAGCUGAAUUUGAGUGAUGUGAAUUCUUUUGCUGCUUAAUAAAGUGACUUCUAGGUUAACAGAAUGUGAAGGCAAAUAGUUGCAAUAAAUUACCUGCACAAGCAA